CCAACCGAACCCGCAGAUAACGCAAUGGUGUUUGAAGUAAAGGAUAAAGUCGCCUUGAUCACCGGCGGUGCUUCUGGUAUUGGACUGAGAUACGCAAAAGAAUUGCUAAAACAGGGGGCAAAGGGUGUCGUUCUGGCUGACAUCGACCCCGAUUUCGGUGCCACUGCUCUGGCGGAAAUCGACAAUGAAUUUGGGAAGAAUAAAGCGAUUUUCGUGAAGACCGAUGUGAUCGACAUACAACAAUUCGAAAAUGCGUUUAAAAAGACCGUUGAAACAUUCAAAAACGUUGACAUUCUUAUCAACAAUGCCGGAAUUUUAAACGAGAAAGCGUGGGAAAAAGAAAUACUCCUCAACGUGAAUGGUGUGGUAAAUGGAGUUCUCCUGGGCUUGGAGAACUAUUUGCAAAAAUACAGGUCGGGAUCGGAAGCAGUCAUAGUCAAUGCGUCUUCGAUCGCAGGAGUUGAAGCUUAUGGCGCUAUUCCCAUCUACUGCGCUACAAAAUUUGCCGUAAACGGAAUGACACUCUCUUGGGGUCAUCCCUUUCACUACGAGAGGACGAAAGUCAAAGUAGUCGCCAUUUGUCCGGGUGUAACCGAGGUCCGUUCGAUCAGCGAUGUGGCGAUCAGAAAUCUGGGUCCAGCUUACGAAGAAAUAAGACGUAUUGAAGUUCCAAAAUGUAAAUCUCAGAAGCCGGAACAUGUGGCGGAAGCUACGAUAGAAGUCUUACGGAAGGCUGAGUCUGGGACUGUGUGGAUCAUUGAAGCCGGCGAAGCCCCUUACAAGUUCGUUUUUCCUGACCGAUUUAAGCUGUCCGAGAAAAUAUUUUUGAAAUAAAUCUUAAAUAUUACGAAA